AUGGACAGUCGCGUCCUCGAGCAUCACCCUCACGCCCACUUCGGAGGCACCUUGGGCGGGCUGGUGGGCUUCCCGUACCCGCUCGCUGCUCACCAUCAUCAUCAUCAGCAACAGCAACAGCAGCAGCACCAUCAACAGCAUCAUCAUCACCACCACCACCACUACGAGCUCGCCAGCGCGCACCAACUGCAAUCCGCGGCUGCCGUCCCCUUCACCAUAGACGGAUUACUAAACGGUUCUUGCUCGGCGUCGGUGGUCAGCUCCAGCGCGCUCUUGUCACCCGACGGCCAGUACAAACUCUCCGAUUCCGGGGACCCAGACAAAGAGAGUCCCGGUUGUAAACGGAGGAGAACCAGAACCAACUUCACCGGCUGGCAGCUGGAGGAGCUGGAGAAGGCCUUCAACGAGAGCCACUACCCGGAUGUCUUCAUGCGGGAGGCGCUCGCACUCAGGCUGGACCUGGUCGAGUCCAGAGUUCAGGUUUGGUUCCAGAACCGACGCGCUAAGUGGAGGAAGAAGGAGAACACAAAGAAAGGGCCCGGUCGGCCCGCGCACAACUCCCACCCGACCACGUGCAGCGGCGAGCCCAUGGACCCCGAGGAGAUCGCGCGUCGCGAGCACGAACGCGCCGAAAAGAAGAAACGCAAGCAGGAGAGAAAACUACUCCGGUCGCAGAGUAAACUUCUGCAGGGCGACAGCUUCCACACGCCGGGCGGUUCCGAAAGCGACAGCGGCGUGUCUCAGUUCACCGACAGCGAGCAGCAGCCUUCUUCGGGCCCCAACGGGACUAUUCACGCAGAGCUGCCCCUGCUGUCGAGGGGAGCCGAAGGACACCAAACUGAAUCCAGCUGUGACCAAACCCGACACGACUUCAACCACCAAAACCAAAGAAGAGAAGCGGAGCAGGUUUCUCCGGGCAGCACGCACAGCUCCGGUAGUCCCGCCGGCCCGAGGUCCUCUGCCCUGCAGAAGCGCAACCCUUUCAGCGUGGAGAGCCUCCUCUCAGACACCACGCCUCGACGAAAGCCCGCGCUGGACUUCCCGGUACUUCCCGCCCAGAGGACACUGGUGGGUAAAGGCCAUUUCUUGCUUUACCCCAUUACUCAUCAGCCUCUCGGCUUUCUCGUGCCCCAAACGGCCCUGAAGGCAUCAUCCCCGUGUCAGGACGACAUCAACAGGCUCCACCUUGAACAGACGUGUGCUCCAACUGACCUCUCCUGCGCUCUCGCUAAGCCGAUAAGCGCGGAUCAUAAACCACACGACCACCACAGUCCCGUUAGCAAUAGAGUCGACACAGAGGAGGAGUUCGCCGACGAUUGUCAGGUACUCGGCAAGUCUCAGGCACCCUUGCGGUCCGCCAAUUCCGGCGAGGCGGGGAAGGUCCACGCAGAGGCGCCGAGCAACGGCUGCCAAGACGAGGAGCAACAGGCGUCUCCGGUUCUGUCCGAGGGUCUUGGCGCAAACGCAGACUGUAGAGAAGCGGCAGAUACAGAUGGCGAAGAUGUGGAUAUGGACUAA